GAGAAAAUAGAUAGAGAAAGAGAAGGAAAAAAAAAUAGAAAGAAAAAAAAAAAAAAAAUCUAGAGAGAGAAAGCAAGUCUCACAUGGCCUCCAUGCCCUUGGGGCCGAACCAUCAACCACCACAGCCACAAACACAGCUACAGCCACAGCCGGAAAGCAAUGAGUCUCUGAAGCACGGACCUCGACGAGCCUCGGAAAUGGACUCCGAUAAGGAUAUGUCUUCUGCUGUUAUUGAGGGGAACGAUGCAGUCACAGGCCACAUCAUUUCCACAACUAUUGGUGGAAAAAAUGGUGAACCUAAACGGACAAUCAGUUACAUGGCAGAGCGUGUUGUUGGUACUGGAUCAUUUGGCAUCGUUUUUCAGGCAAAAUGCUUGGAAACAGGAGAAACAGUGGCUAUAAAGAAGGUUUUGCAAGACAGGCGAUACAAAAAUCGUGAGCUGCAGCUAAUGCGUUUGAUGGAUCACCCAAAUGUGGUUUCACUGAAGCACUGUUUCUUCUCUACAACAAGUAGAGAUGAGCUUUUUCUGAAUUUGGUUAUGGAAUACGUACCCGAGACUAUGUACAGGGUUCUGAAGCACUAUAGCAGCAUGAACCAGAGGAUGCCACUUAUUUAUGUGAAACUUUAUACAUAUCAAAUCUUUAGGGGGCUGGCAUAUAUCCAUACUGUUCCUGGAGUUUGCCAUAGGGAUGUUAAGCCUCAAAAUCUUUUGGUUGAUCCUCUUACCCACCAAGUUAAGCUUUGUGACUUUGGAAGUGCAAAAGUUCUGGUCAAGGGUGAAGCAAACAUAUCAUACAUAUGUUCUCGUUAUUACCGUGCUCCAGAACUCAUUUUUGGUGCGACAGAAUAUACGACAUCUAUCGAUAUUUGGUCAGCUGGCUGUGUUCUUGCUGAGCUCCUUUUAGGCAUGCCUCUAUUUCCAGGAGAGAAUGCAGUGGACCAACUUGUAGAGAUUAUUAAGGUUCUUGGUACUCCAACCAGAGAAGAAAUCCGAUGCAUGAAUCCAAGUUAUACAGAUUUUAGGUUCCCUCAAAUUAAAGCCCAUCCUUGGCACAAGGUUUUCCACAAGAGAAUGCCACCAGAAGCAAUUGAUCUUGCCUCAAGACUUCUUCAAUAUUCACCAAGUCUUCGCUGCACCGCUCUAGAAGCAUGUGCACAUUCUUUCUUUGACGAACUACGUGAACCUAAUGCCCGCCUUCCAAAUGGCCGUCCCUUGCCACCCCUAUUCAACUUCAAACAGGAAUUAUCUGGAGCAUCACCCGAAUUGAUCAACAGGCUCAUACCAGAACAUGUGCGGCGGCAGGUAGGUCUCAGCUUCCCGCAACCAGCAGGUACUUAAAUUGUAAAGAUAUGAAACCAAGGAAUGAUCUCUUUAGCUAAGUGGAUGGACGUGAAGCAAAAAGAGGGCCUCUUUUUGGUCUUAUAUAACCGAGCAUCUUGGCCUAAAGCACAGUUCUCACCCUGCCAAGAUGUACGCAUAUACUGGCUGUUCGGCGUAACCUGGAAAUUGGUGAUUCUGUUCUGUCUGCUAUAUUGUCAUUUUAGUCUUAAAAAAAAAAAAAAAAAAAAAAAUACUAUUUUCUUGCAUCUGUACAUUGUUUUGAUCGUAAGGAUUCCAGUAAAAAGAAAGCUAAGAGUACAAGAAGGUGAUGCUAUUAAAUGUCUAGCUAGGUGUAGGGGCUUCAAAUGCCCACAGAAGCUCAAGGGUUCAAUAGUAGUUCAGCGUGCUUUUCUUUUCUUCUUCUUUAUCUUCUUUUUUUAAUUUUAUUUUACUUUGUGUUUGUUUUUACUUUUAUGCAUGUGGCGGUCUGGCUCGAAUUAUAAAGUUUUUACUAUUCAAAAGUAACCUUGUCUUCCCUUCA